UGGACAUCGACAAUCGUGCCCAAAAAAUAUUUGCUACCAUCGCGAGGCCAGAUGUCCAAGCAACCAAGGCCGACCAUUCUCGGCGACACGCCCACGCAAUGUCCAGGUACCCCGACCUCAUUUCACUACUCACACAAAUCUUUCUGACAACAACUUUCGACAGGAAACCCGUUCCUUCCCCAUCCGCGCCCAGCAAUUCCACCACCGGCGGUUGUCCCUCGAAUCCCCCUCUUGCUAAUGGACCCCAAGCCAUUUGGAGAGACCCUCCGACAAACCAUCCGGGGGAGCGCAAUGGCGAAAUCAUGAGUCCUCCUGGGCUAGGGUCUUCACGCCCCACAAUAGGUGGUAGUGGAGGCCAUGACAAAGGAAAUGGUGUUAUUUUUAGCGCCGUGCAGCAAGAGACCCGCCUUCUCACCGCUACUGGUAAGACGGGAGGCGGUCGUCCUGCUGCCGUAUCCCUCAGGCGAACCGCCUCACAAUACCCCGGCCGGUACCCUACCCAUUCGUUCGCCGGGUUGAACGAAAGAACUCCUUGGCCCGAGCGAGCUUUGGCUCACAACGCAGGCGCCAAGAAGAAUGAGGACACCCAAGGCGAGUACACCGCGGUUGGGGCACAGCCUGCACCUUAUCAAGCACCCGGAGGUACUGCGGGGACCGAAAAAUGGGCCGUGCAGGCCAGAGAACUUGGCCAUGAAGCUAGUCGAAAGCAAUCCUCCCCCGAAGGCCGUGGCGCGGCAACUGAAGAAAAAUAUCCCGACAUAGAAUUACAGGAGGUGCAGCUUACAUGGUUUCAGGCGCCUGGUCGUGCAGGAGGAAGAGGCGAUGACACUCAAGCCAACAAACAUCCACAGGCUGACCAGCCUCCAGGCACGGCUGCCCGAGCCGUUCGGAGUGCAGUGGUACCCUCCUCCGAGUCCUCCCUCUCUGCAUCCACAAAGCUUACCGAAACAGGUGCGGCGCGUUGUGAGCAGGAUACCAAAUCCGGGUCCCAAAUCAUCCACAGAAAACCUCAGCCUUCUACCGCCACCUCGGUAGCGCUUGCGCAAAAUCCCUUGGCUGUCAAUGAGCAGCAGGCUGGACGACAAGCGGCGGCAUUGAGCGUCCAGAACGAAAAAGACCGCCGCCAGAAGAAGACGGCGAGGAUGAAGGCUAUCUGGCUGAGGAUAUUGGAUUUUAUAUGUUGCCACGGUGAUUAAG